AUGAUUCGCACUCUGCUUGUCCUCAUCGGAGUCGUUCACUGUAUAUGCAGCGACAUAGUCACAGUCGAUCAACUUCCCUCCAGCUAUAACCUGACCGUGUCCUUCUUCCCGGAAGGCAACAUCGACAAUGAGAAUACCACCACCUGUCCUAGCACUGAGCCCGUAACUUUUUCCACCGGAAGUUUACCCAUAGAACGUCGAAGCGUCUGCUUCAACCUCCCCGAUCUUUUUGCCUCGAACAACACCCUCAAUAGCAGUGGUAUUUACAACUACAUUGGACGCGACGGCUAUAGUAUCCCUACGAACGUGUCCUAUACCCUCACCAACGCUCAAGCAUGGGAUCCCACAGCAAACUACUCUCGGAUCCGAUAUACCCAGACCAACGGCAGCGAGGAUCAACGCGGAGAACUCGCGGCGGGGAUGUUCCAGACCUACCCGGGGCUUGGUUGUGUGGAGGAGGGUAUUCCAGGACUGGACGUCAAUGAGACCUUGAAUCCAUGGAUUCGAUGGAGUUGUCAGAGUUCCCCAGGAGGGGACUGUCAUACUGUCCCGUAUCGUAUUAAGAGUUUUCUGUGGUUGUCGAGUGCGAACCGCGCAGGUGACGAAGAGUGUGUGGACGCUGGAGUAUAUGGAAACGCGGGGAGUCGGAUGGUUGUUCGAAAUGGGUGGCCGAUUUGGGUUGCGAUGGUUGGUCUUUUGGCGCUGAUGUAG